AUGGAUUAUACCAGCACGAAUAAAAGAAGACACACCUUACCUUCUAUAUCAUUUGUUGACCCUGCCAUCGUUCGAUUUAUAGAAAAGGCGUCUUCUUCUACUUGUUCAGUUAUGGAGGAAGAAGAAGAAGAGGAAGAAGAGGAGGAUGAUGAUCAACGUACAACUAUAACCACUCUGUCUUUACCACAGACCCUUUCUUACCCUCCCUAUAAACAACCUAUCAACCAUUUAGACACACUAUGGGCAAGACAAGAGAAAUAUGACAAUCUAGAUCUCAGACUAUUAUCGUUAGAGGUAACCAAGAAACGGUUUGAGCAACGGCUUCAGGCACUAGAAGAACAAGAUAACAACAGACCAAUUUUACUGCAUCAAAAGCCACCAAUGAAACCAGAUCAACAGCCCAUAAUGCAUGAAACACAUGAUGAGAUGAUUAAAAACAAUUCACAGUAUAUAGAACUCUACAACAAGCAUCAACAAUUAUUAAACAAGUACCAUUCCAUCCAAGCUGAAUUUGAAGAAAAGGAAGCCAUGUAUAAAAAGCGCAUUGAAGAACUGACACAUCCAGCCAAAGAAGAAGAAGAAGAUUGUUCAUAUAAAGAAGAAGAUGGAUAUUUAAUAUUUGAUACGACCAACAUGAAUGGCGAAAUCAUACAUUGCAGAGUAAAGAUACCGAACCCUUCAUCCUUGGUCUCUCCUCCUGCUACUCGAGUUAAUUCCCCUCAACAAAUACCUCCUACACCAUUACCAUCCUCAAUUAUACCAAAAAAAAAGAAGGGUUUAAAUUUUAAUGCUCCAGAGUGGAAAACAUAA